CUGAUGUUAAGUACGUGCUUUUCCUUCAGAACAAAGCCAAUGAAUCAUCAGUAUGGGCUUUAAAAUAUUUUUGUGAAGAUCCUUGGUGGAUUUUUAUCAUGGAGGAAACCAAUAUCCAACAAAACUUCAAAACGCUUCAAGACAGCCAUUGUUCCAUGGAGAACUGGAUUAUUUUAAAUAAUCUGAGACCACAAAGGAAUUCCAGCUCCAAAAAAAGUGCUUCAGAUAAAAUAGGAAACUCUAGCCGACUUGACUUCAACUCAAUGUAUAAACAAGAAGGAAAAGAAAACCAUUCCGGAAAAUUGAUUAAGUUAGUGGUGAACGAGAGUCCGCCUUAUUUGACUUUAACUACAUCGAAGACGGGGGAACAUAUGAUGGAAAGCGGUCCAGAGGCGGAAUUGCUGAAAACAGUUCGUGAAAAACUUGGAUUUAGAUAUCAAAUUUUGAAGCCCCAAGAUGGUGAAUGGGGUAGACAGCUGCCUAAUGGAAGUUGGACAGGACUUGUUGGUAUGCUAAACAGAAAAGAAGCAGAUAUUGCCGCUGGCUGUAUAACUAUCACUUACCAAAGACAUAAAGCUUGUGGAUUCUCCAUACCUUAUGACAUACAAAAAAGUGUUAUCAUAAGCAGAGUUCCAGGUCUAAAAUCAAAAACCUAUGCAGUAUUAACACCUUUUACAGCAGAGGUUUGGGUCUUAUUCAUUAUUCUGCUGCUAAUUUUCCUUUGUCUUCUCUAUGGCACUCAAAAAGCGUAUCAUCACUUUUAUCAAAGAAAGACUUACAAGUUUGGGAAAUUGUUUUUGUAUCUCCUUGGAACAAUCUGCUCUGAAGGAGGAUGGCUAACACCCGUGGUACAAGGUCCCACUUCUGUGUUGCUAGUCUGUUUAUGGUUGCUGUUCGUUUUAGUAAUGCAAGCUGCGUAUAGCAGUACAUUGAUGUCUGUUCUUAGUUUUCCUGCCUAUGACCCACCAAUUGACACUUUAAACGACUUGGCUAAGUUUGUGACGGAAAAAGGAUACAAAUGUGGAUGUCGGAAAGGCACUAUUAACUGUGAUUCCAUGCUGGAACUUCGAAGUGAACUUGAAGUUAUCGCUAAAUCGCUGGAUAGUGACAAAGCUAACUUUGUUUCAUCUUUGCGAGAAGGGCUCGAUAAAGUCUGGAAAGAAGAUUUCGCUUUUCUUGCGCAGAAGAUUGGCUCUAUUUAUGAAGCUCAAUUAAUGGAAGAGCAAAAUUUUCAUUUCAGUGGUGACGUCUUGGAUGUAGAGCUAUUUUCACUGGCUGUCAGAAUAGGCUUUUCAUACAGAAAAGAUAUUAAUACUGUAAUUCGUCGUCUUUCUGAAGCGGGGCUCAUUACAAAAUGGAGGAAUGACUUGACCACGAUUAACAACAUGAGGUUUGACAUGCGGAAAGGAGAAGUAUCUGUUGUUACACCUCUUUCAUUAAAAGAAUUAAAAGGAGUUGUCUACUUGCUUAUGUAUGGGCUAAGCUUAGCCGCCAUUGCUUUCAUCUGUGAAAAUCUACGAAUUGUUUCUCAGAAAUAUAGUAGUAAUGUUUUGCCUGUAGAAAAAAAAUAA